GCGGUCCAUCCUCUGAUUCAUCAACGGCCACUCAACGACUUCCCGCAGCUUCUCAGUCUCUGCGACACACAUUUCCAUGGCGGCCUCCUCCGCCACUCCUCGUCUUUCAUUUUCAUCCCUCUCUCUUUCCAAAUUCCUCCAUCCAUCAGUCCCUCUCGCAAUCCAUUCGAAUCCAUGGCCUCAAUUUCGUCCGUCCAAUUCCAAAAAAUCUCCAAUUCCUUUCAAUCGCAGCUCUCGAGCUGUUCAUAAAUCCCACUCUCCCACUGAAUUAAACAGAAUCCUCUUCACAGUCCCCUGUUCCGAUCGAAGAUUUCUGGCUAUGGAGUCUUCAGAAACUCUGCCUACUUUCAGACAAGGUCUUCUGAAAUCGGCCGCCGCGGAUGGAGCUACCACUUCUUCCUCUCUCUGUCAAAGUGUGUUUGGGGUAAUUCAUUUGGUUGCUUCUCUUGGAAUUAUUCUUGCGAUUGAUAAUCUCUUGAAAGGGGCUUUUGUGGCUGCUGCGAUUAAGUUUCCCAGUGCGUUGUUUGGGAUGUUUUGUAUCUUUUCUGUUCUGUUGGUUCUUGAUUCUACUGUUCCUUCUGCUGCUACCGGUGUUAUGAACUUCUUUGAACCAGCUCUCUUGUUUAUUCAGAGGUGGCUUCCUUUGUUCUAUGUUCCAUCCUUGGUUAUUUUGCCUUUGUCUGUGAAGGACAUCCCUGCGGCGUCUGGGAUCAAAAUUUGUUUCAUAAUAGCUGUCGGUUGGCUAGCUACUCUGUGUGUUGCAGGAUAUAUGGCUAUAGCUGUUAGAAAUGUUGUGAAAACGGAAAUGAUUGAUGCUAAGCCGAUGAAAAAACCAUCUCCCUUUUCUUCAGUUGAAAUGUGGAGUUGGACUGGAAUUUUUCUGGUGGCAUUUGUUGCUGCUUUGUUUUAUCCAACAGCACUAGGGACAAGUGCUCGAACAUUCCUUCCGUUUCUCCUCGCCUCGACCGUGUUAGGCUACAUUGUGGGUUCUAAUUUACCAGGCAGUGUUAAGACAGUUUUCCACCCAAUCAUCUGCUGUGCAAUCUCUGCUGAUCUUGCUGCACUGGCUUUUGGAUACCUCUCCCGCACUGGGCUUGAUCCAAUUCUAGCUUCAUAUUUGACAAAGGUAUCAUCUAACCCUGGAGCUGGUGAUAUUCUAAUGGGAUUUUUGGGAUCUGUUAUCCUCUCCUUUGCUUUCUCAAUGUUCAAACAGAGAGAGCUCGUUAAAAGGCAUGCGGCUGAGAUUUUUACCUCUGUCAUUAUCUCAACCAUAUUCUCGUUGUACUCGACUGCUCUUGUUGGACGUUUUAUCGGAUUAGAACCGAACUUAACUGUUUCCAUUCUACCAAGAUGUAUAACUGUGGCAUUGGCACUUAGCAUUGUGACAUUCUUUGAAGGCACCAAUGCAUCUGUCACCGCUGCUGUGGUUGUUGUAACUGGUCUGGUUGGGGCAAAUUUUGUCCAAGCUACCCUUGACAAUCUGAAGUUCCGCGAUCCUAUCGCCCGGGGAAUUGCAACUGCUUCUAGUGCACACGGGCUCGGAACAGCAGCGUUAUCGGCUAAGGAACCCGAAGCUCUACCGUUCUGCGCCAUUGCCUACGCGUUGAAUGGAAUUUUUGGCUCUUUGCUUUGCUCACUUCCAAUAGUUAGGCAAAGCUUGAUUGCCAUUGCUGGGUGAUAUAAAGCCAGUCUCUUGCUCACUGUCAUUGCUAAGCUGUCUGGUAUAAAGAAAAUCAUGGAAGCAUGGAGUUUUUACAGGGAACAAGAUGCUGCUCUGUGCUCUUCUAGUUCAUUCAUUUAGAAGCUUCAUUUUUCUGCAGUUCAUACUUAGAAUGUAAUGUUCUGACAGUGCUGUAACUAUUUUUAUUUUACAGAAAUAGAAAGGAAGAAAAUAUAUGCUUAAAUUA